UCUCAUUUUCUCUCACAUCACUAAGUAUCUCUUAGAGCUUUUAGACCUGCCUCCAUCACUCCAAAUCUCCGAUAUCGCCGCUUCAUCUUUGCUCUCAAGAAGUAAGAUGACAGAGCUAGAGGCAGAGAAGGGAAAUGAGCUUCAAAUUAUCCUAAAAGGUACUGAAAGUGGUGCUUCAAAUAAUUCCACAACGAACACACUCCAUUAUGAAUCUGCUUCUAAGAAAAGAAAAGGCAUGAAAGAAAGAUCAGUUGCUUGGGGCCAUUUCGACAAGUUCACCGAUGACGAAGGGAUUAAAAAAGCGAGAUACAAGUAUUGUCAAGAAGAAUAUAUAGCAAAUACAAAAAACAGCGGUACAAGCAAUUUGCUAUCCCAUAUGAUCAAGUGCCCGAACAAUCCCCAUAAGGUGAACACCAGCCAACAGAGACUAGCUUUUCGACCAAAAAAGGGUGGUCAAAAGAAACAAAUGGGAGUCAUCUGGAAUUGGGAGGGAGAUGGAAGUUGGAACUCUUUAAUAUUUUUUUGCCUUCUUGAGUUCAUCCUUUAAAUAGUGGGAUACCUAUAUCUAUUUUGUUGAUUUGUUGCCUUGUUGGUAUUGCAGUUUAUUUAGUUCUGUUGCUACAAUUAUUAGCUAGUAUUAUUCAGUUUAACCUUUUGGGUUUGUUCAGU